UUCUUUUCCCCGUCUGAAACUGACAUUCCACAGCAGAAGAGGGGCAAGAAAGACCCUCCGAGAAACGAAUCGAGCAAUCGCCGAUCUUUACAACCCCACCGCCGUUGCCGCGGCGAUAAUCGGUAACGUUCAGACCUCGAGAGAGGCAGAGAAAGAAGAUUCCGACUGCUUCGCUGGAUCCCGGCAACGCAUUGUUGGUCGAGCAGCUUCUACUUGUUCCCCUUCUAGUUGCACUAAUAUGGGUACAAGCUUGAUUUUGGGUAGGGUGAGCUGGAACGAGUGAAUGGCUUCAUCUAAAGAGACCGAGAUGGAACCGGUUGCUUCAUCUUCGGCUAAGAAUGUGUACAAGGAUCCAGAUGAUGGUCGACAGCGCUUUCUUCUCGAAUUGGAGUUCAUGCAAUGUCUUGCUAAUCCAACUUACAUCCAUUACUUAGCUCAGAACCGCUAUUUUGAAGAUGAGGCAUUCAUUGGUUACUUGAAAUACCUUCAGUAUUGGCAACGACCAGAGUACAUUAAGUUCAUUAUGUAUCCUCACUGUUUAUAUUUUCUAGAACUUCUCCAAAAUGUAAACUUCCGCAAUGCAAUGGCACACCCAGGCAACAAGGAGUUGGCGCACAGGCAGCAAUUUUUCUAUUGGAAAAACUAUAGGAACAAUCGAUUGAGACACAUAUUGCCAAGGGCCCUUCCUGAACCUGUCACUGAGGCCACUCCUGCUGCUGCUCCCCCUCCGCCACCUCCACCUGCAGUCCCUAGCGGGCUCCCUGCUCCGCCUAUGGGAAUGCCACCAGCUGCUGCUCCUUCUUCCACGCACUCCCCCAUGCCGUAUGGCAUGAACCCUGGGAGAAAUGAGAUGAGGAAUGUGGGUAUGGAUCGAAGAAAGAGAAAGAAAGACGGUUAAUGUGAAUGGUCCAUGAUCUCAUGAACGCAGCGAGAAAACCACGCUGCAGCUAGAUACAUGCCCAAAAACUAGUUCAAAGAACGCAGCCAGUCAAGUAUUAUAUAUCUCGUUGUUCUGCAGCCCUUUCAUCUCGAGAAUGAACUGAAAUGCAUGAGGGAUAGUUCGCUGCCCAUAGGUUUGGUACUGUCUAUUUCUAGUUCAUGUUUUGAUGUUAUCUGGAAUGUAAGAAGACCUUCCCGAUCAAGCAUAUUUUUCCUUGAGCGAUGAAUUGAGAUCUUCCUGUUGCCAGCAGGCAGCAGGUUACUAUUUUGCUUUUGAGCUAUAGCUAUAUGUUGCCACUUUCCCUGAACAAUUCAUUAAAAGCCCAAACAAGACCCA